AUGUCUUAUCUGCUAUGUAUCAAUACCGGUGAAAAUGAUACUAAUGAAUCGAAACUUCCUACCAAAGCAUCAGAAGUUCCACUAGAAAAAGCACCAGAAUAUGCAACUAUGGCUGAUGCAAUUAAUAUUUCGAAAGCUUCUCAAGAUUUACUGAAACUAACAAAACUGCUUCAAAGGUGA